CGUAUGGAGAAUCCGCGAGAAAUGAUAAUGGAAAGCAUCCUGUCACAUUCGGAUAACACUGAACAGUUUCACGAAGAAAGGAAGCAAGAUAAAUUGGACGAUAUUCAAAGUCAUGAAAAUAUUCUCUGACUGCCAGACAAACAUUGCUUCGCCGUAGUACCAAGUAUAUCUUUCGUUAACAUGAGAUUUAACAUUGCAUCCUUAUAUGUCAUCGUUUGUUUGAUGGUCGAGCUGCCCAAAAUAUCAACCCUAUUUCCUUGGAAAGACAUGAAAGACCAGUCAAUUUGUUCGGAAAUUAUAACAAAGAUGCAAUUCCGUAACGUGCCUUAUUAUGAGACAUACUGGCACCGUGUUCUGGGAAUCUACAAACAGGAAAGACAUCGUAUUAAUUACAAAAUUGAAUAUUACCCGACAUAUCACACACAAAAAAAAUGCUGCAACGGAUACAAAGAGGUAUCAAAUAAAUGCGUUCCUAAUUGCUUUCCAGACUGUGAGAACGGAUUAUGUAAAGCUCCGGACACAUGUGAGUGCUUUCCAGGAUAUUCCAUAUCAACGGAGCAGAAACAUAUUUGUAAACCGAUCUGUUCGAAUGGUUGUUGGAAUGGCGAAUGCAUUCAACCCGAAGUUUGUAUCUGCUCCCCGGAUUACUUCAUAGAUUCCGACGGAUACAUUUGCCGUCCCAAUUGCGAAGAGAAGUGCGAUCCUAAUAACGGCUAUUGUGUAGAACCGAAUACUUGUGGUUGUAAUUUUGGAUAUAAGAAAUCAAACGAAUCGGAGAUGUGCGAUCCGAUUUGCGAACGCGAAUGUAUCAACGGCAGGUGCGUCGAACCAAACACCUGCAGCUGCUACGACGAUUACGAACUGGAUGUUAACGAUUCGUUCAAUUGUAUUCCAAAAUGCGAACAGAAUUGUCUCUUCGGAACAUGUACAGCUCCCAACGUUUGCACGUGCAACAUAGGAUACAAACCAAUCAACGAAAGUGAUUGCAAACCGAUCUGCAAUCAACCGUGUGUAAUGGGUGUCUGUAUAGCACCUGACAUCUGCAACUGCAUCGUCGGCUACAAAUUUUCGAACAUUUCCGUGCACGUUUGCGAACCACAUUGCGAGCAUGAAUGUAUCAAUGGAACUUGCAUUGCUCCGAAUAUUUGCAAAUGCAACGAAGGAUUCACCUUCGAUGAAGACGAUGAAACAAGGACUGUCUGUAAACCUUUUUGCACCUUUCCCUGCGAUCCCAAUGCUGAAUGCACCGCGCCUGAUCGCUGCACUUGUCAUGAAGGAUAUCGUUUCUUUGGGGAAAAUGAUACAACGAACAACAUUAGUGCGGUAUCGAAUAACGAAAAUGGCACCAUCUGUGUUCCGGUAUGUAAAAAAGAUUGCGUGAACGGCAAAUGUGUCCUUCCUGAUGUUUGCAUCUGCGAAGAAGGAUAUGAUAAAGUUUGGGUGCAAAUGAUACCAGAUAACAUACACAGUUAUCCCUGUACAUCAAUUUGUAAAAAAGUCUGUGAUUUAAACGGCAAUUGCAACGCACCUGAUAAUUGUAUAUGCAAUAAUACGUAUCAUAACACGAAAAUACAAGGUAAAUACAUUUGUCAACCUUCUUGCAAUAUAAACUGUGACCAUGGUACGUGCGAGGCUCCAAAUGUUUGCACCUGCGACGAAGGAUACAAACAAAACGAGAAGGGUCGAUGCGUCGAUGCGAUUUGUCAUCCUUCUUGUAUCAAUGGCACUUGCAUCAAACCAAACGUUUGUACUUGUUACGAUGGUUAUCGUCUACGAAACGAGACAAUUUGUGAGCCAAUUUGCGAAAGUUCUUGUCUAAACGGAACAUGCGUGGCACCGAAUACUUGUCGAUGUAACGAAGGUUAUAUCGAAAUAAAAAACGACAAUGUUUCUACUUGUGCCUCGACGUGUUCUCGAAACUGUAGCGAGCAUGGUACUUGCCUCGAUGAACGAAACUCCUGCUCUUGUUUUUUUGGAUGGACCGGUGUAAAUUGUGACGAAGCCAGCCUCUGCGUUUACAAAACAACUCUCGAUUCGACUCUCCUCUCUUCGAUUACAAUCAUGAAUGAGACGAACAGCACGUUGACGAAAAGCUACGAUAACGCGCCUCUUUGUUAUCAAUGUUUCGAUUCCGUCGACAAUGCGACAUUGUGUUUCGUCGUACAUUCGGACGAAUCGCUUACAAUACCAACAGUUGGUUGUUUUCUUAGUACAGAAUUGCCAUGCUACAGGAGACCACAUAAUAAUGCAUUGAAAAGCUCUUCCAGUAUAAUGGAGUUACUGAUAAUAAUCACAAUAACUAUCACAAUAGUUGCUACUAUAAGUGGAUAUAUAAUCGCUCGCAAAUAUCGAAAGCAAUCAACGAUUUUAAUACCGAACGAGCAAAUUAAUUCGUUGACAAGUGAUAGUGAUACUCUGAUAAUGAGAGACGAGGAUUAUCUAAUCGAACAAUGACAAGUGUAAGAGAUUAGAAGUCUUCUCAGGCUUCAACAAGAGACCUAUACAACAUAACUGAAAAUAUUAUGAUAAUUUUAUAGAUUGUUUAUUAUAAGUACGUACAUAUACGAUAUAUACAUUAUACACGUGUUAUUCUCUAACUUAUGAAGGUCAAUAUGACGUAAAGAUAACGAAUGUGUUUUUUGAAAGCGAAAGAAAAGAUUAUCAUAUUUUGUAAUUUUAUUGAAUUAGAAUUAUUGAAUUAGAAUGUCCAAAAAGGACUAUUAAAUCUUGUAAUAGUACUUAUUAUAAGAAUAUGCGAAUAAACGAUGUUGUUACAGAACACUGCUUACAAUUCACAACUCGGAAAUUC